AUGGCAGUCCUUCCAGUGGUGCCACUUCUGGGUACCUAUAGGGAUGCUUGCAGCUGUGAAUGUUGCAAAGGACUUGGCUGCUCGCCAAAGCUGGCUCUUUUCAUUGUGGCCUGGACUGCCUAUGGCUUCAGUACGCUUUGGGUGGUUCCCUCAGUGGCAGAGGAUGCUGGAGAUGUUGGCGGAAAGGUCUUCUUUCUAAUCACUCAGGGCCUGGCAAUCGCGUCCAUGGCUGCCUCUCGGAGGCUCGCUGAACUCGCCGAGGUGAGAGCCAGCGAAAGCAACUACAGAAUGGCGGAGUUCGGCUGCACAGGUGCUGAAAUGGUUGGAGCGACCGUGGGAACCACCGUGGGUUCUCCUGUGAUGGUUGGGCCGGCCAUGAACGAACUUCAGUCCACGGUGGAACGAUUGGACCAGCAGGUCCAAGAGUUGAACCGGAGACAGGCAAUGAUGGAGAAGGAAUUGGCCUCUCGCAAAGAAGCUCCUCGAGAUCUGAUGCAGACAGAUCCCAUCGGACAGGACAAUACGCAGGAGCUACUGUAA